ACAUUUUCUCCACCUCUUGUAUCAUCAGAUCAGACCUAUAAUUUAGGAAUGAAACAAGUAAUCCUGUAGCUUUCUUAUUAUUCUAGCAGAAACAGAACAUGCAAGCUUUGCUGCAAUGCUCCUUGCAUUCAUGUUAUGACAGCAGCAGUUUGGAUUAAUGCUUAAACCUGUCUGCUCCAGGUAUGAGCUUUUGUUAAAGGCUGCACAAGUGAGGGAGAUACUGAGAAGAAGAUUUGAGAUUUGAACCAGAGGUUAACAGACAGGUGAGCAUGAGGAGGUUUUUCAAAGCCCACAGAGUUGAGGAUUACAGUCAGAUCCAGUACCUGACCGCCAAAUGCACCCGCCUGACUCAUGAAAAGGCAGUGUUGGAAAGAGAAUUUCUGGUUUCCAGAGAGAGGGAGAGGAAGCUGCAGAAUGAGAUGGAAGCCGUGACUGCUCGUCUCCUCCAGCAGGAGGCACUAAACUUGGAGCUUAGUAUAAACCAGGACCAGCUCAUCAACCGGAUCCAUCAGCAGCGGAACGUGGUGGAGGCCCUGCAGCAACGUCUGGUCUUGCUGGCUGGGGAGAAUCGUCGGGAUAUGGAGCUGCUGCAGCAGGUCAGCUCAGAGCUGCUGUGUCUGCAAAGCUCUGAGGUGAAGCUGGAGGGCCUGGUGGAGGAGCUGCAUGCUGAGGCCCAGCAUCGAGCCGCACUGGCAGACAGCCUGCAUGCAGAGCUGCACAGUAAAAUAGUGCAGCUGAAGGAGCUGCAGGAUGCCAACAGCAGUUUGACAGAGGAGCUGAGGAAACUUCACAGAACUCAUCAGGCGGAGGUGAAAGAACUGCAGCAGGAAAAUAAGGGAAGCCUGAGUAAACUACAAGAGACAGCAGAUCAAUUUGAGUGGCUUUGUCAGCAACAGAAGUACUGGAUGCGCUGUGUCAAAAGAUUGGUGGAAUUUUGUUUCUUAUGCUGCAGGUUCAAAGACUGUCUGAUAGAAGAGAGACAGACUCUGCUGCAUCAGGUCAGCAUGUUGGAAAAGAAAAUUGGGGAACAGAAGAAGAAUUCGACUGAUAUCAGUCCAGAACAAAGCCUCUUGUGCCCUCUAGUGGAUAAGGAGAUGUACAACAGUAUAACAUCACUGGCUGCAGAUGCAGUGACAGACCUUGGGUCUCAGGAAGAGAGGUCAGAAAUGUUGCAACCCUUCGCACAGGCAGGGAGCCCUAUCAGCAGAUAUCAGAAACCUCCAUGAGAACUUCAGUGAGACGGCCUCUGCACUUGUCUGAUUGUUUCCCACCUUCAGCAAACCUGAAGUUUACCUACUAGAAGUUUGUGUGUCUGGCCUUGAGGGCUGCCUUCCAGCCUUUGUUUUGAAGAAACCAAACAAGGCAUGGAAAAACAUAACCUGCAAAACCACACAUUCAUUGUUUUCCCUCCACUAUUGUUCAGUGAUUUAUGGUUGAGUAAAAGAACAAACAAACAAACAAAAAAAAAACAUAAAUAAAACCCAUUUAUUGAGCUCCUGCCCCCCCCCCCCUUUUUUUUUUUAACUUACUUUUGUCCCAUAUGCGCAUCACAUGUGCCUACAUUUGUCUGGUCUCAUUUUUCCAGUAAUUGUCCAUUUUUCAGAACCUUGUAAUCAGCGCUGCUAAUAAGUGCACCUGAGAAUGUUCUCUUUUGUUGUUUGGCCCAUAAAUCCUCAGCUGGCGCACAGAGGAAACAAACAAACAUGUUGUUUUCACCACAGUAAAGCUCCACCACUGUUUCAUCACUGGUUUGGGACAGUUUUUCCUUCUCCCUGUCACUCGGGUUCCUCUUGUGGGCAAUUAUCAGAAACUCUGUAAAGUAAUCUGGUGCAGAGCAGCAGCAACUCAUGUGUGAACCAUAUGAUGAGCAAAUGAUGUCAAAGAGAAAACCCUGUUCAAGAGAAAAAAAAUGUUGUUUCUCAUCUGCCUCUAAGAAAGUGAUCAAGCUUUGCCAUGUGUAGCGUUACUUGUAUUUUUAACGGGUUUUUCAUUUCUGUAAACAUAUGGACCUAAACAUCCUCUGAAUUGGACAAGUGUAAGAAUAAAAACUCUAUGAGCCCAAAUGAAACAAAUAAGAUACUUCUCUUCUUUUGCUUUGUUUUACAGAAAAAUGAAAACAUGUUUACUUCCUACUUUUGCGUGCUUGAUUACUGCAAGGUUCUCUGCAACUUUUCCAUCAUUGUUGGCAUCCCUGGUCAAGAGGAUGCAAAAAAUAUCAAAUUAAAUCAGCCAUUUAUAUAUAUAUAUAUAUAUAUACAUCAGUAGCAUAAUGUAACUUUUAAAUUCAUUAGAAAUAUUCCUAAUCAUUAAAAUAUAAAUGAAGAAAUAAUUCCUCUAUUUUUAAGGAAAUUAUCCCUGACAUUCCUUUUAAAAUAGAUUAGGUCUGACCAUUUUAUAUAUUUACACUUUGCCUAAAUUUUUACUUAUUAGGACUGUCUAUGAACU